UCUGUCAAAAAUUUUACGUUAUCGUCACUUACGAUAAUUUUAAUUAAAAAAAACGUUCAUUAGUUUAAUUAUUAUGUGUCUGAUACAUUGUACCGAUACAUAGUAGAAACAGUAUACAGAAAAUUAACCUAAUUCACAUCGCCGGCGUCCUAUGAUUACGCGUAUGUCAGUAUUUUACAAAGCGACGACUCGUCGAGUUCAUUGGGUAGUGGGAGGUAUUCAAAAACUGUCUAUUCACAUACGAAGUGUCAAAACCACUAAAGGGAAAAAUUAAGUCCGUGUAAUUCUAAGAGUACACAGAAACUUAACCGAAAUUACAUAAAAGUGUCACUUUAACAGUAAUAUGACAAGCUUCUUUGAAAGAGAUCCAAAAAAGAGAAGAGUUAAACCUGUAGGAACAGCUCCUCUGCUUGAUUUUGAUUUAGGUGAAAGUUCUGAUGACAGUGAUUUCAGAAUUGAAGAUCACUGUGAAGAAUCUGAUGAUGAUUCAGAGGAUUCCCAUGAUAUUGGAAAAGGUAAAACAAUAUGUCAUUACACAUUGAUUUGUAUUUUGAAUCAAAAGAAUAAUAUAUUUGGCAUAUAUGUAGAAGAAGAGGAAGAUGCCUCUGAAGAAUCUGAUGAUUCCUUGGAGGAUCCAUUAAUUAAUAGAAAAGAAAAUACUAAUUUGACUGUGGGUGAUGUAAUUGAACAAGCUAGGCAACAGUCAUUGAAAGGAGGACCACUCGAAGACAAAUUAAAUAAAAUGUUAAUUUGUUGUGGUUGCUUAGGGGAUAGAAGUGAUGAUAUUAAUGAAAUUGUUGAAUGUGAUGGAUGUGGUGUUAGUGUACAUGAAGGAUGUUAUGGUGUGUCAGAUGUAGAAAGCUUUUCGAGUACUGAUUCUUUGUGUCAGUCGGCACCUUGGUUUUGCGAAGCUUGCAGUGCAGGCAUCGAAGAUCCUUCUUGUGAACUCUGUCCAAACAAAGGUGGAAUUUUUAAAGAGACUGAUGUAGGCAAAUGGGUCCAUUUAGUUUGUGCUCUUUAUGUACCUGGUGUCGCUUUUGGAGAAGUAUGGAAGGUUGACCGUUUGUCAAGUGUAACACUGUUUGAAAUGGCAUAUAGCAAAUGGGGAGCAAAACAAUGCUCUUUGUGCGAAGACGCGCGUUUUGCUCGCACUGGUGUGUGCAUUGAAUGCGACGCCGGAAUGUGCCAUACGUAUUUCCAUGUUACCUGUGCGCAAAGAGAAGGUCUAUUAUCUGAAGCUCAUAGUGAAGAAGUGGACCAGGCUGAUCCAUUCUAUGCACAUUGUAAACUCCAUUCCGAUAAAACUCUCGUUCGUAGACGUAGGCGCAACUGGUUAGCUCUGCAGUUACGAGCUCAGUACCGACAACAGUUAUUAAAACAGCCUAACCACUUGGAUACUGAAGAGCAACGUAGAAUUCAAAGAAAAUUAGCAAAACAUAGACAUAAAUAUUUAGCUCACAAAGCGUCUCGGCCGCCGCCAUGGGUACCAACCCAAAAAAUGCCGCGAUUACUAACCACAUCGGCGUCUGCUUGCCGACAAUUAGCGAGAAAAGCAGAACUCAUGGGUGUUGAUACAGCUGCGUUGGAAGCACAGGAAGCACAACUUGUAGCUUUAGUCGAUGUUAGAAAAAAAUGGCAUAUUCCGCCUGCUUUUAGCGUAGAAUUUAUUGGUUAUUAUUUAGAUCGCAAUUUGCGUGUAACAUCUAUGAAAAGACGAUUGCAAGAGCUGCUUGAUGUUAAUUCUCAAUUACUUAACGAGCAACAGAGAUUAGAUAGAAAGUAUGACGAGGUGAUGAAAGAUAACGAAGAACAAAUUCGCGUAAAUGUAACAAUGAAAGAAAAAAUCGAAAUGUAUCAUCAAGUACUUCAAAAUAGCGGAUACGUGAAACCUUUACCACAGAUAACUGAUUUAGCGAAACCAAGGAUAACACCGACUUUAGGUACAAGUUUAGGUGUACCAACUGCAGCUGCCUUAAAGAUGGGUGUUGGCUUUCCCUUACCAGUUGGCAAAGGAGUAGAAGGUGUGCGCGAAGGUAGAGUGUUAAGUAGUCAGGCACAAGAUCAAAACCAUAAAGGUGAAUUGACAUUAAGGCAUCAAUGUGGAAUAUGCAGAAGAUCUACGAAUCAACAUCUGCUUGCAAAAUGUGACACGUGUCACCUUCAUUACCAUUUAUCUUGUCUCAGUCCACCCCUGUCGCGUAUGCCCAAGAAAACAAAGUUAAUGGGAUGGCAGUGUUCCGAGUGCGAUAAGGAAUCUUCUGGAUCAGAAGUUGAACGCGUUGACACGUCAGCUCCGCGUAAAUUGAGGCAUUGUAAGGACGAUUCUAAUUUAACAUCGACGCCAACACCAACACCGCCGCAAGAAGUGCAAGUGCCUACAACGCCAACAACUCCUAGCACUUCAAAAAAUUCGUCUGCUAGUCUUGGUAGUAUAACGAACGUCACAGCUCCUGAUACUCCUACAACACCAAAGGUAACUAUAAAACCAGUUGGGCCACAUCCUCCAUCUUCGACUCCCAUUCAGCCGGGAGAACCGAUAUAUAAUCAACAGCUUAUUAAUAAUGUGACAAUAACUACAAGGGAAGGAUCGCCUGAAUAUAUGGUGGCUUCGGCGGAUGGCACAGAAUCUGUUUCGCAGAGGAGCGCGAAGAAAAGGAGGAGGGAGAAGCACAAACGAUACACGCCUGAUCCAAUUACGGGAGUGAAACAAAGAAAACGGAAACAUAAAAGGAAAAGUCUCGAUGUGGAGAAUCCGGAAGGACAAAGUCAACCGGAAGUUCAUCGGAGGAUAACGAUAAAGAUAAAACCAAUACCAAGGCCAGAGGGUGAAGUUGCUUCCGAAUCAAGUCCGCAGAUGUUCGUAGCCACAUCUACCAGUACUGAAAUAACAUCUCCACCACUACCUAAACUACCACCUCCGCUGCCUGCUCCGCUUGCUCUACCAGCCCUACCAGUUCCAUCUACACUGCCAGUCCAGUCUUUAGUUUCGAAUGCUGUAUCUGUAACAGCAAAUGCAUCUACUAAUAAUACAAGUAAUAGGGCAUCUACGGGAAAUGCAAAACGUGGAAAAGAUACAGACCUCCUAACACACUGCAAUGUCUGUGAUAUGCCUGGCACCAGUCAAAAUCUCGUCAUGUGUGAUGAAUGUAAAAAAUGCUACCACUUCACCUGUCUCGAUCCACCGGUUAAAAAAUCGCCGAAACGAAGAGGCUACUCUUGGCAUUGUGCAGACUGCGAUCCUAGUGCCUCUGAAACUGAGACUUAAUAUCAACAAUUUUAUGUCUGCAGCUAUAAUUCCACGUUUAAAUAAAUUAAGACAUUGAAUGCCAAUAUGUUUUUUGUAAAAUAUACAAAAUAUAGUCAAAAAGUUUUUCCUCCGA